AUGUUCGCAAAACUAAAACAAAAGAUAGCUGAAGAGGACCACUCCGACCUGGGCUCAUCUUUGCCUUCAAGUCCAACUUCUAGUAGAAAAUUUCGCCCGGUUUCUAAAGAGAACAAGUGGCAUAGACGACGAAUGAAUAGUGUCAGUAGCUAUUAUGGCUCGAGAGAAUCUGUUUUUACCGAGCCUGGUUUUAUAUCGAGGGAUCCUUCCUUCACAAGUAACAAGGCGGCGAAUGGCGUUUGUAAUAAUUCGGGCGCUUUAUAUGGCAUUGUAAGUUUUAAUGUGCUUUUUAACGCAAAGUUUUGUAAUUUAAAACUUUUCAUUAAAUGGCCAUUUAAAUCACCGACAUUUAAAUAUUUAAUGAACCUGUCUUUUAUAGAAUUACAGUUGUAAUUCUUUUAUAAAAGAAUUCGUUUUAUUUUUGGCCUGUGAUGGUUUAAUUUAUGAGUUAAAGUUCUCCAGGAUAGAUGAAACUUGUUUAUUAAAUGGCGAGGCAUUUCAAUUUGUAAUGAAAGUUGUCAACUUAAAUUGAUCCUAUUUUUUAAUUAAAACGGCUUUUUAAAGCAAUGAAUAUAUACACUAUGUAAAGCAAAUCUGUAAAUUGGUCUAGAAAGACAGUGAAAAAAACCCGUGUCUUUUAGCUUAUAGGCCUGGCCUAUACUUAAUUUCCUAGGACAAUAAUAAAUAUACAGUUUUGUAACUUUACUAUAAAUAUAGCAUGCUGUACUUGUUCCAUCUGACUGAACAAAUUAGCAAGAACUGCUGUUUUGUCUCAAAGAGCAGCCAAGCGGAAUAGAGUUCAUUCUCUGCUUGAAUGGGUUUUUAAUUCUAGAGAGAAUAAUGUUUCACACAGUGGCGUAGCCAGCCAGACUAUUUGCUCCUGCUAUGCAAAUAUGUCUGUGUUCAUAGACUGUAAAAACAAUGAAUUUCUAAAGAAAUGAAUAAUGAUAAUGCUUUGAAAUUUACAUAGCAGGAGUAAAUGUUCAGGCUGGCUACGCUACUGGUUUCACAACAUCUUCUGAAGCGUAUUUGGACUUGCACAAUUUAUUGAAGAAUAUCAGUGAGCAGGAAGAAUAUCAGUGAGCUCGGAAGAAAACUUUGACCCCAAAGCUUAGGAUCUCAGAAUUUGUAGCCUGGAGACAGACAGUUAAACAGCCAGAAAAAAUUUUAGUUUACCACCACCCCCCCCCGCCCGCCAGAAUCACAGUGAAAAUUUUAAAAAUGUUGAGAAAAAAACUUUCCGUAUAGUCCUACAGAGUCAAAAUAAAUUUAAAUAAUUUAUACUAUGAAUGGAGGCGAGAGGUUUAGAAAGAAAAUUUAAAAAAUACUUUUUCCUGUUACGUCCACCGGCAAGCACUUUGGACAAAUGUUUCCUGGUUUUCCCACCCUUUGAUUAUAAACAUGGUUUCUGCAACAAUGUUACUGUACUUUGCCCUUGGUUUUAUAUUAAUCAGGUCCUCUGUAAAUUCUAAAAUUAUUUUUUUUCUAGUCUAAUCACAACAAACCAAGAAAAGAUCUAAUGUCAGUCCUUCGUGAGAAAAUGCAAGAAAUUGAUAAACUCAGGAAUAAAUUAUCAGGUACAGGCAUAAGUGUACAAGUUUUAAAGUUGGGCAGAUUUUAAAUGUAAGUUGGGCGAAAAGAUGGGGGAAAUAAAUUGAAAAGCAAGAAAUAUAUAAGAUAGGCAAACAAUUUUAACCCUCUGGAAAUUUAAUCAACCCAACUGGUCAGUGCCACCAGUCAUUCUGCACUCUACCCUUGAAGAGGAAAAGCAUAAAUCUGGCAUAAGGCAGGUAAAAUAAUAGAUUAGGGUGCAAUGCAACUUAAUGGCUUAGGGUAGAACACACCUUAUUUUGCAAAUUUCUACCCAGAAUAUGAAGAAGAGAUUGAGAGAUGGAAAGGACUUUAUGAAGAACAGUCUAUUAAAGAACAAGAAUCAACAAAAAAUGUUAACAAAUAUCAGGUAUGGUACAAUAAUUGAAACAUUUGUAACACAGUUGCCUGUUUAGGAAUCUAGCAAAAAGUGGUUGCCCUUUAUUAAUUGCCACGGUAAAGUGGGCACCUCUAGAAAAUUACAACUGAUGGAAAAUCAAUCAUCAUGCAGGCAAUUAUGUGUUUGAACACUGCUUGAAAUUAGGAGAUACACGAAUAAAAAUAUAAUUUAUUAUUUUAACUUUUCUUUAAUUUAUAGAUAUCUCACACUCAAAUUGAUGCCAAACAAAAGGCCCUGGACAUCUUAGAAAAGGGAUCAGUAAGUAUUAGCUAUCUAGUUUUCCAUAUAUGCUGUUAUGCGCUGUAUAUCUCUAUCCAUUUAAGACUUGUACUGUACAUAUAGCCAUAUAGGUAAACAAACCUGUUGCCCAUGUUGACCUAUGUAAAAUUUUGUUUUGACUUAGAAAAUCAAAGUUUGUGUAAAUCAGGACGGCCCGGAAUAUUACUAUCCGAUUUGCACUAAUAUUGAGAAUUUUGUCAUGAAUUAUUGAUAUUAUAUUUUAAUACCAAAUAAAAGUUUUAAACACUAAACACUAAAACAUUACUUUAAUAUUUAAAGUUGUCAAAUUAAGCUCCAUUAAUAAACGUGAUUUAAAUUUUAAACAUUUUCAACUAUAACAGCAAUUGGAUGAACUUGACCAAGCUUAUAAAGAGCAAAAAACACAACUUUCUUCUAUGAUGGAAAAACUUGAUGAAUUAACCAAACAGAGGUAGAUUUUAACACAAUGUAUAUAUAUACUAAAUUAAAAUGUCUUAUAGUUUUUUUAUUAAUUCUUAAUUAAAUUCUAAUUAAGUAAUUAAUUGCUCAAUUAAUUCAGCAACCUAAAGUAAUCUAGAAUCUAGAAAAUAAAGAAUCUAGAAUCAAUUUCUGGUUACUCGCCGAAUAUUAAAAUUAAAAAAAUAAGAAUAAAAAUAGAAGGCCUAGGUAUAGGUUGAUGAUCACUAACUUUCUACAGGUGUCAUUUUGAAGAGGAAGAACAGAAAUUAAAACAACAAACCUCAAAAUUGGAAACAGAAAAUAAAACGUUGAAAGGUCAAUUGAAUGACAUCAUCACUGAAGUGACGCAGGUGAGAGGGUGAACACGCGUCACAUUGUAAUUUAUAGAGUACACUGAACGCGAGGUUAUAGUAUGUGGCGAUGAAGAUACUUUGCUUGAAUUACGGUCAGGGUCAGUUUUACUUUGUGUGUUAAGAAACCUCUGUCAAAGGAGGAUGAAAGAUGAUGAUUUCACUGUCCACUAGCUCUCAUCAGUUGAGAAAACUAGCUUUCAUGCAAACUCUCGCUUCUCAACUCUCGUCAGCUCUCGUCAACUCUCAUGCAACUCUUGUUCUCGUUUGACCGGGGCAUGGGAGUUGAGAAAACUCUCAUGCACACUCUCACUUCUCAACUCUCAUCAACUCUCAUGAAACUCUUGUUCUCAUUUGACUGGGGCAUGAGAGUUGAGAAAACUUUAAUGCAAACUCUUGCUUCCCAACUCUCAUGCAACUCUUGUACUCGUUUGACCGGGACAUGAGAGUUCUCAUGCAAACUGUCACUUCUCAACUCUCAUCAACUCUCAUGCAACUCUUGUUCUCGUUUGACUGGGGCAUGAGAGUUGAGAAAACUCUCAUGCAAACUCUCACUUCUCAACUCUCAUCAACUCUCAUGCAACUCCUGUUCUCGUUUGACCGGGACAUGAGAGUUGAGAAAACUCUCGUGCAAACUCUCACUUCUCAACUCUCAUCAACUCUCAUGCAACUCUUGUUCUCGUUUGACCGGGACAUGAGAGUUGAGAAAACUCUUAUGCAAACUCUCACUUCUCAACUCUCAUCAACUCUCAUGCAACUCUUGUUCUCGUUUGACCGGGACAUGAGAGUUGAGAAAACUCUCAUGCAAACUCUCACUUCUCAACUCUCAUCAACUCUCAUGCAAACUCUCACUUCUCAACUCUCAUCAACUCUCAUCAACUCUCAUCAACUCUCAUCAACUCUCAUGCAACUCUUGUUCUCGUUUGACUGGGGCAUGAGAGUUGAGGAAACUCUCAUGCAAACUCUCGCUUCUCAACUCUCAUCAACUUUCACGCAACUCUUGUUCCCGUUUUACCGAGGCACUGAUGCGAGUAGAGAAAAUUCUCGUGGAAACUCUCGCUUCUCAACUCUCAUCAACUCUCACGCAACUCUUGUUCUUGUUUUACCGAGGCACUGAUGCGAGUAGAGAAAACUCUCGUGCAAGCUCUCGCUUCUGAACUCUCGUCAACUCUAAUUCUCGUUUGACCACGGCUUUGGAAAAAUAUUUGACGUCAUUUUAUCUCUUUAGAAAUCUGUAGAGCUGAGUAAAGUUCAAAAAUGUUUGGAGAUAAGAGAGAAGGAAGUAAAUGAUUUACAUGAAUCGUACAAUAAUCUGAAGACGCAGGUAAAUUUUAUGAUGUCAUGCGUGUAGUCUGUAGAAUGAAUCCAGCAUAUUCACAGGUAUAUGGUUCUCUUUUAUAGACCUCUGCUGAUGUGUUAGAAAAAGACAACAAAAUAAGAAAUUUAGAAAGCAGGUAUGUUUUGAAAAUAGUCGGACUUUCUUUCUGAAAUGUUAGUUUGUCCUGUUAUGCAAAAGUGCCAAAUAAAUGUCUAUCUGUUUUCGUUUUACAUAUAGGCUUGCCAAAGGCGACUCGUGUCCUUCUGAUUUAGCGAAUAGUGAGGAUGACUGGAUGAGCGAUUGUCUAAAAGAAGGAAGAGACAAAUCUUCCGAAAUAAAUGCCUUGGCAACUUUGGUAGGUUUUCUAUAAUCGAAUCAAAAAUUGUUUUCAACAUGCAGUAUAAUAGUUCUAUCGGUUUUAAACUAUUGUUCUCAGUUGAGGCCCAGCAAGAACCCUUAAUGAUUCGAUCAGUGUUACUCAAGGGUGGGUUGACUACCCAAUGUUUGUAGUUCGCUAUAACUACAGCUACUUCAAAAAUAUGUAGUCAGCUACAACUAAUGCUACUUUUGAACAAAGGUAGUUCGCUACUGACUACAGCUACUGCUUAAAAAAUGUAGCGAACUAUUUCGCUACGCUAUAUUUUUUAGUUUUACUGUAUUUGGAGCAUCUACUAAUUCAGGCUGAAAUGUAAUCUAUAAUAAAUCGACUUACGAGUAGUAACAGUAAACACAAAGCAACAUUUUUGUAAGCACUACAGUGAUCAAAAGUGCAAAUUGACUGUUGAGUGUUGAUUUUAAGCAUACCGUGUCUCAAUGUCAGGCUAUUCUAUCAAGUUGUUCUAUCUUUAAAAAGUAGCGAAUAGCGAUUUGCUAUUUGAAAAGUAGUCGACUACUCGGCUACUUUUAGGCAAAAUGUAGUUCGCUAUAACUACAACUACUGUUUUAAUAAAGUAGUCAAAAACUACUGGCUACUUGAAAAUUGUAGUUCGCUACAGUAGCGAACUACAACUACUUCGCUACUACCCACCCUUGGUGUUACUACAGAGAAGGAAACACCCGUAUCAGGAGAAGACAUCCAAGUUCCCCCGAAAUAUAUCAUCAUAAGUUCUAAAUAAAUGAUUAACUGACAAUCACACCUCAGCACUAAUUAGACCUAUGGUAGUUUGCUUAAUGCUGUUUGAAAAAUGGAGUCAUUCGUGCUUUAAAGAAUAACGGUGUGAUUAUCAGGUAAUCAUUUAUUUAGAACUUAUGAUGAUAUAUUUAGGGGGAACUCUCUGUUCGUCUGGUGUUUAAAAGGAUUCUUUUAUAUGCUACUGAAAUGGAACUGUAAUCAGAAAACUGUAUAUUUUCUGAAAUUCACAGCGCGGUCUUGGAAUUAAGUUAUUUUUUCUCUCUUUGUAUCCAGGUUGGAUCGCUGAAUGAAAAACUUGAGAGAAAAGACAAGGAACUUACAAGCUGUAAACGUGUUGCUGAAGAAACUAUUGACGAGCUUAAAAUAAAGGUAUUAAUAUGUAUAUUAAGUCUGGUUUGCUGGCCCGCCGAGAGGGGAGGGGGUAGUUUGCCUUCGGCAAGGUACGACGAAAACAGGCAUAGUUUAUAGCCCAUACAAAAACAGGCGUACUUUAUAGUCACAAACCGUAGGUAUAAGGUAUGUCGAGAACAGGCGUAGUUUAUAGCCCAUGAAACGCCAGAACUCCCUUUUCAAAUGCCAGAACUCCCUUUUCAAAUGCCAGAAUUCCCUUUUCAAAUGCCAGAACUCCCUUUUCAAAUGCCAAAACUCCCUUUUCAAAUGCCAGAACUCCCUUUUCAAAUGCCAGAAUUCCCUUUUCUAAUGCCAAAACUCCCUUUUCUAAUGCCAAAACUCCCUUUUCAGACGCCAGAUCUCCCUUUUCAAAUGCCGGAACUCCCUUUUCAAAUUGCCAGAACUUAGUUUUCAAAUGCCAGAACUCCCUUUUCAAAUGGCAGAACUUGGUUUUGAAGCCCUGUUAAAUCAGGCUUUAUAUCAAUUCUUCAGAUUAAAGGCUUAGAAAGCGAUGUAGAGAAAUCUCAGAAUCAACAAAGAAGCAAUGACCAGUUGGACGCUUUAAAACAACGGGUAAAUACAGUAAAAGUGUUUCUCUAUGAUGUAGUCUUACUGCUUCCCCCAAAUUUCGGUACUUGUAUUGGUCAAAAAUGGUCAAAAAUAAUAUGUCUUCGCGCUUGUGGUGCACUCGUCUAAACUGCCAACGUGCUGCCUUGCGCAUGCUCCAGGCAGCUGUAGCACUAUGUCAGAUUUUAAAAUGUUUAUUUUCUCUCAAGAAUUCAUACUUGGAAAAAGAACUUGAGAAUGUCCGCGGUCAGCUGACGUCAGCAAAACGAUCAAAAGAAAACCGGCCAACAUGGCGGAGAUCCAGUGACGCCAAAGUUGAGGUACCUCUACUUAUCCUUGUAUAUCAACGUUUAUCCGUUGUGGUUGUGGCCAGUGAACUCUAUGUAAACUGGAACGCUAACUCCUAUGAUGAAGGCUUAUGAUUUGCUGAAGCCAAAAUAGUUUUUCUGAGUUUUGAGCUGAAAUACUUGAUCGAUAUUUCGGUUUCAAAACAUCCCAUCCGUCCUUACCUCCCGACAAGCUAACAUUAGCGAACUUAAGACGACAAAAACACACCCUAAAUUCCCAGUGUUGACAGCAACACGGGUAAAAAAUAUGGAUUCUUUUUCUCAACAAAGAAGGAUACAGGUGAAGAAUAAAUUUAAACUGGUGACAAAUCCAAACGAAAAGCAUUAGUAACUGUCUUUUUGUCACGUCCGCGUACUAGAUUUAGCUCAUCUUAAGUUCGCUAUUGCAUCGAGAACUGGACUUGUCUCAUGCUAGCCGCUAGAGUUUACGUUUAGGCUAGAUUUCGGCUGCACCCAACGCUGUCGUAUAGGGUAAGAUCGGGUGACUUCCUAGACCGCUACGGCGUACGCACAACCACUUACUGUACUCGAAUAAUUCUGAAAGUCUAUGCAGGAAAGAUCCCGAUAUGCUGAGAAAGAAUUUCGUCAGAAAGAAGCGAGAUAUGAAAGUCAACUGGCUGAUUUGCAAGAAGAGAGAGACCAAUUACAGGUACUGCUUGUCUCAAUGACUUAUGCACCUUUUUUUUUAAAGUGGGACUAGCGCCAAAUACGAUUUUUUAUAUGUGUAAUAUUUGGGUCGUUCGAAGAAGAAAUGUAAUAUAUGUUUAUAAUAAAAAAUCCCAUCUUGAUCAACUUUUUCACUGUCAAAGUUUCCGGAUACGAUGUCAUUAGAGGAAUUGCAAAUUAGUUUUCCUUUGUUUUUUGUACCAAAAAUUCACCUAAUGACGGCAUAUUUGGAACUUUGACAGUGAAAACGCUGAUCAAGAUGAGGUUUAUUACUAUAAAGAUAUAUUACAUUUCUUCUCAGAAUAACCCAAUUAUUACACAUACCAGAAAUCAUAUUUGGGGUUAGUCGCGCUUUAACUUUGUGAGCCCUUUGCAGUCGUACUCUGUUUUGCUUCAUUACUGGCGCCAUCUUGUGCUUAUGCUUGAGUCGUUGUGAGGACACAUUUCAGCGUCCAUUGUUAAUGUGAUGAUUUUUCACCUCUGUAGUCCGAACUAUUGAUCAAAGAUGAAGAAUGUGCCCAAAUCUCACUUUGCCUGGACGAGGCAUUGCAGAAUACCAAUGACUUAAAACUACAGGUACGAAUUAGUCCACCGGAUGAAAUUUUUGUUUUAUAAAAAUAAAAUAAAAACAGAAAAAGUAAAAAGGUCGCGGGUUCGACUCCCGCCGCGGUCAGGCAAUUUUUUAGCUUGUUCCACUUGUCUUAUUUUGUUAAACUAGAUAAAAACCUUGGAAGAAGCACUCGAGGAGAAAACUAUUGUUGGUGGGAUUCGAGUGAAGGUAUGAAGGAUUUUCUCUGUGUGUGUAUUCUUUCUCAGGGUGUCCACGGGCCUUGAAAAUCCUGAAAGUCCAUGAAUUGGAGAAAAAAAUUCCAGCACUGAAAAGUCCUUGAAAAUCAGUAGAAGUCCUGGAAUUAAUUUCCUUAACCUCCAGCUGUGCCAACAUUAGUGAUUUUGAUUAAAGGGAUACGGCAAUAAAAAUUAGCUUUGUCUUAUUCAAAGAAGUUUUAAAGUUAUAAAAUUCAGGUGUAAAAUUCAGGUAUAAAAUUAGUGAAUUAUUUACGGCAAAUCCGUGCCAUUUUCAAAUAUUUUUCCCAGUUCUAGGUCCUUGAAUUUACUGAAAAAGGACCUUGAAAUUCCUGGAAAAGUUCUCGAAUUUCACCUUCACCAAAGGGUGGACACCCUGCUUCCUGCAUUGACAGUUGGCACUAGCAGAGACUGCUUGUUUAUCUUUAAGUUAUAAUUUUGUUUAAAUGAAUAGACCGUAGAAGGUCCAGCUAUGACGGGAAAUGUGGAAAUCUUGGAAGCACUUCGUCAAGAACUAGAGCAGAGCAGGGUGAGUAGUACUGUACAUGUAAAACGUUUCUGGAGAGGCUUGGAUCCAGAGGCGGGCACUAGGGGGGGGGGGGGUGGCAGGGGGAGACAACCACACCCCCAAUCAUUUCUGAAAGCCUUUGAAUGUUAGUUGUGUAACAAAGUUAUGACAAUAAUUGUUCAAACCAUGAAAGCAUUGCUAGGCUAUAUAUUACGCUAUAUAAUGCAUGGAAUUUAAGGCAAAAAAGUUUAAAGAACUAAAAUUUGACACUACAAAACUUUGGUGGUCAUGUAUUGGCAACCGAAUGUUGGAUCUUCAGAUGGUAGCGAAGAAAAUACCCAUGGUACCAUAGUGCAACGUGGUGCCCACCCCAUUUUGUCCCCACCCCAUGCUGUAAAAUAAAUGUACUUUAUACUAAACUUAAUGUUCUUUUCAGGAACAUAAUAAACAUAUAAAUGACGAGUUGCAUGAAAGGUAGGUACUUAACUUAAUGUAUAAAGGCGCUCGGCACUAGAGAAAAUUAUUUUCUUCCUGGGAGAACUACGGAGAAAAUUUCCUGCAGACCAACUUAGUAUCAUUGCGUUAAAUCUCUGCCUGAACAAAGAGUGUCUUAGUUGGGAAAAUGCUGGGAAAGAUGUCUGUCUACCAUCAGUUGUUGGACCCAUAGUGAGAUAUCCGUGUUAGGAUUCCCAAUUUUUCAACUUGCAAAUCUUCAACCUAUAACAAAUUUCCUGCGGCUGUUUAGCUAUUUUUUCCCCGCCCCUGAAGGCGCUGUUUCCCCAGAACUGAAACACGUGUUUUUUUUUAAUUUGCAGAGAUGAUACCAUUAACAGUUUACGGGUUGAAGUGAGACAGAAAGAUGACGAGUUUCGCCGUUGCAAAACCAAGGUUAGUAUAAAAUAUAAAAUUACCAUGAAAUAAAUGACAAAUGAAUUGAAAUUGCAUUACUUUCUUACAGAGAUGUAACUUAACACUUGCCCGGGGCAAGUGAAUAUCAUGACGGGCAAGUAAACAUUUCAUCUUGCUUGCCUGACUGGGCAAGUUCCCUUGCCACAAAAAACUGGGGCCGGUUGUAUAAAAAAGUGAUUAAAGUUAACUAUAGUUAGUGGAAACGUCAUCCAAUAAGAAGCGCGUAUUUGAGAGUUAAUCACUAUUUAAGAGUUUUAUACAACCAGCCCCUGGUCAUCUUUAGGUUUAUAUUUUCAUUGUCGGAUAAAUUUUUUAUAGUGCAUGUACAUGAUUUAAAAUCUUGUUUUUUUGUUGUUGGCCAAAGCUAGAUCUGAGGUAGAGUAUAACAUAGCCAUAUAGAGAAGUGGGAGAACGGGUCGACAUGUUGUCCCCUUAAUAUAUACCCCCUUCCUAGGUACCCCAGUGGCCAUUGUCUGAUAUAGCAAGUAAAUUUUAUUCAGGGCAACUAAUUUUCAUGACCAACUUGCUCCUCCGAGGGUAAAUGGUCAGAAAAGUGAAGUUACACAACUGAUUUCUUUAAAUUAAUGUUAUCUUUAGUUGGCCCAGUUUGAGGAAAACAAUAAACUCGCUGACAGAAAACGAAUGAUUGACAUAACAUCAAGCAGGGACGAUUUUCAUCACAAUAAAGGUAAAUAGUCAUUACGUCAUAACAAACGAAAUAUUCAUCAAUGAAAGUAAACUAAAACUAAACUACUUUAUUUAUAAUAGAGCUUUAUCAUGCAGUAUUAAACUGCUCUCCCUAGAGAUCUCAUAUAAGCCAUCUCUAAUAGUUUCAGUGUUAAAAUUUUUGUCUAGACUUGUCUAGAUCAAAAUUUUGUUCGUUAGGGAAUAGGUCCACUGAGAUUUCAUCCAUCUAUUCUGAUUCACAGUGUAUAAUGGCUGGGUAUUACUGAUUAAAAACAGGGAAUGAUAGCGCCAGAAUAGUUAACCUCCGUGAGCCAAACACCACUGGGUUCCUUCGAGUAUACCAGAGUUUCCUUCUGCAUGUACUAUCACGGCUUGAAAGAGCAUCACAAAAUUAGUAACAUUCCGAAGUUUCGUUGCGUAAUGUUGUAAAAUGCGGAUAAUAUAGCUCUACGAAUUUUGCCGUUUUUUCAGUCAUUUUGUAUUACGCACGGGAAAUUGAUACUUUUUUUCAGAAAGCGGUAUCAAUUUCCCGUGGGUAAUACAAAAUGACUGAAAAACGGCAAACUUCGCAGUGCUGUAUUAUCCGCAUUUUACAACAUGUGAUACUCUUUGAAGCUGUGGUGAAAUGUUUGUCUAGACUUGUCUAGAUCAAAAUUUUGUUCAUUAGGGAAUAAUGUUCGACUCCGCUUUGUCUUUCAGAUUCCUUUAAACAAAGUUUCACGCACAGGAAUCGAUUAAAAGAAUUGGAGGAUCAACUCAAAUUACGAGAGGUGAGCCAGGUUUUACAUCGGUGGCCAUGUUUUGGUAACGUGGCUACUCUUACUAUUUGGCCAUGAAGACUGUCCUGUUUUAAAUUUAUUUAAAUUUUCAAAGGAUGUGGAAAGAAUUAGUCUGGAUGAAAAUGAAAGUUUACGAAGGCAAAUCAAUGACAAGGAUCUGGUACGUUAUGAUAUAUGACGUUUUGUGCAUGUUUGAGUACACACGUAAAAACGCGCAAGUUGUAAUAGACCUGCAGCAGACUUGUAGCAAUGCUGUUCCAACAACUUGUCAACAGGAUGUGUUCGCACAGCUUGUUCCCAGCUUGUUGGCAAGUUGUCAACGGCUUGUUUACAACUUGCUACAAGGUUGUUGAGUUCAACAGACUUGUUACAAGUUGUUCCAACAACUUGUUAUCGUCCUGCAAUUCAACAAUUUGUCAACAAGUUGUGAGUAACAAGCUUGUAGCAACUUGAUAAAAUAAUAGCAUUGUUACAACUUGUUGACAAGCUUGCUACAAGCCUGUUGCGAACACAUCUUGUUGACAAGUUGUGAGUGACAACCUUGUAGCAACUUGAUAAAAUAACAGCAUUGUUACAACUUGUUGACAAGCUUGCUACAAGCCUGUUGCGAACACAUCUUGUUGACAAGUUGGGAGAUUUUUACGUGUAUAGUUCAGGGUCAGUCUUAAGCCUGGUUUCCAUACGGUCGUAAAGAUUGAGUCACGAUCUUUCUCAUCAGCCGAAAUACAACAUUUUAGAACUGAAAAUACGACAAUAAUAUGUGAUUAUAACUAGAGAUUGAAUAAUGAUUUAUAUGAAAAUUGGAUACUGAGAAAUGAGUAAAAGUUUGUCUUGCUUUGCUUUGCCGGGCAGAGUUGUUAUGUGUAACAACUUCUUUGCUUGAUUUUGUGUCUGCACUGUAUUUUUCAGAGAAUAAAAACGCUUCAACAGAAAUUGGUUGAUCUUAAGAAAGCUUUUCAACGUGAAUUGGUAAGUCCUUGCUUAAAGCCUUUUCUCUGCUCACUGCCAGCCACACCACAGAGGAAGUACAUACAGAGAUCUCACUUCAGGUUAAUUUCGCGUAAGGGAUUUUUUCAGUCCGCCAUGUUCUUAGCAAGUGCCCUAAAGAGAGGCAGUCACCCCCCCCCCCCCUGAAAACAUAUUGAAAAUUUAAUAUUCCAGGGGGGCGAAUGCCUCUCUUUAGGGCACUUGCUAAGAACAUGGCCGCCAGCUAUUUCGGUAAAAAAGCGCCUUACGGUUUUGUAAUGGAAGUUACACUUCUGUAUGUCUUUAUUCUGUGGCCACACUGAGCUUCGUAUAUAUCUGAGAACUCGAGUCCAAAAAGUGAAGCCAAGAUGGAGCUAUUGCACGUCAGUUCCAGUCCCUUUCUAUGUUUUUGUCUGCGCGGUCGGACACGAAGCUGCAACACAGAGUACUUACAUACAGAGGUCUCACUUCAGGUUAAUUUAGCGUAAGGGUUUUUUUUCAUGCAGUCUGCCAUGUUCUUAGCAAGUGCCCAAAAGAGAGGCCGUCACCCCCCUGAAAACAUAGUGAAAUUUAAUGUUCCAGGGGGUUGACUGCCUCUCUUUAGAGCACUUGCUAAGAAAAUGGCCGCCAGCUAUCUUGGUAAAUUACCUGCAGAAGUGAGACCUCUGUAUGUACUGUAAGUACUCUGUGGCUGCAAGGAGUGUGCCAAAAUUUCGUGCUUUGACUUCUGAAACUGUUUCGACCUUCAUAGCUAUUGGACGUCAAUUCCAAUAUCCAUGACUUCACUUUUCAUAGGCAGAAUGCCUACAGUUUUUGCUCCAGAUCAGUGAGCUCUAUAUAUAUAUCUGGAGCACGAAGUUCAGUCAUUCGGUCAAUGAGAAAAGUGAAGCCAAAUGGUGACCAUUGACGUCCAAUAGCUCUGAAGGUCGUAAACAGUUUUUAUACCAUUUUUCCAAGGCAAUUCCAGUUUUUUUCUAAUGGACCGCAUCACUAAUCAAGUUUUCAGUUCAUAAAAUCACAAUAUUAUUCUUUAAGUCGAAGUCAAAAUACGACAUUUCAACACACUCCUUGCCAAGAUGGCGGAAAUUGAAGGAGCUAUUGGACGUCAGUUCCAGUCCCUUUCUAUUGUUUUGGCCUGCGCGGUUAACACGAAACUGGCUUCACUUUGAGCAACCAAGUUCCUACUCCAGAUAUAUAUGGAGCUCACUGCUCCAGAUAUAUAUAUAGAGAGAGCUCAACGAUCAGCCCAAAACUACAUUUAUAUUAGAUAUUUUGGAUAGCGUACCAUUCUAAACUGUUAGUGUCAUCAUUUAAAAAGGUCAACACCCUCUUAAUAAGAUCGCUCUAAUGAUGAUUUUACCAUGGAGCUUCUGCCAGAACAAGCUUUUAUGUCAUGGUAACCAUUCAUGCCGCAUCUUAAUACUUUUUUCCAGAAAUCGUCUUCAGUGGAAUGUCUUGAGGGUACAACAGAGGUCUACAGCAACAAUGUCCAGACAGGAUUGUUGGUUUCUUCCUCGACACAAACAGAUAAUGAAGAUUUCGAGUAUUUAGAUAUGAACUUCAAGUAUCCUUUAUUAUACACAUUGAUGUUUGAAUAGUUUUCUCUGUUCUAACCAGUGGGUUCCAACAAUAUGCAGAUAUUUCUAUCUUCUUCGCAUGAGAGAAGAGAGCUUCCAGUUUGACUCUACCAAACAUCGCAGAUUUUCUCUGGUUCUCCAGUUUCCUCAUGCAUGUAUAGUGACACAGGAAGAAGAAGAUUUUAUUACCAAAGACAAUAAUAGUAAGGAAAGAAUACAAAAUAAAUAUAACAGAUUAGGUAACAUGCAGCAGCCAACUAAAGUAGUCGCAGAGGACUAGCCUAGUUAGUUGGCUGGCUAGGAUAUAGUAAUCAUAGAUAUCUUAUAUACACUAGAUAGUGCAUCUGAUUAUUCUGUAAUUCAAAAAUUGAAGCUGUGAUUGCAGUCUCAGGUCGUUCCCAUGAAAUGAGAAGAUUCGCAUGUUUUCUAUUUCUUAAACAGGGAACUUAAACAUUAAGUUAACCCUAUUCCAAAUACGUUUUUAAACUUUUUAAACGUUGGGAAAGACCAACAUGGCCGCCAUCUAUUCAAAUGGGGGUAACCGCUGGAAUAUUCUUGGCUUCAAUUUUACUAAAAGAGAUGCGCUAUCUAGUGUAUAUAAGAUAUCUAUGAUAGUAAUACUGUAAAUUGAAUAAAUGACUGAUAUAAAGAGGUCGAACUAAGAUACAAUAUAAAUUAAACAAAAAAGAAAGAAAGAUUAUAGCAUAUUUAAAGUUCUUAUAUAUGCAUAAAUCUGAACCACAGUGCAAGUCAGCCUAUGCCUAGGCCCUUUACUCGACUGGCUGUGGCAGUUCUGGUAAAUUUUGGGCUAACAUUUGGUAACAUACAAAUGAAGGCAGCCUGCGGUUCCAGUUUUUUCAUGUGAAAAGGUGUUGAAACUAAUUACAAAUAGAAGGAAGAGUGCAAGUAGUGAGUGGCCUUUACAGGACUCCUAAAUUUAGAACAGAUAGAUCUAUCCAUUGCACUCCUUAACACUCAAUUCACUAGAUAUCUCAAGCACGUUAUCAUAAAAUAUAUGUGUAGCACGAAUGAAAAGGUAAGAUUAAGCUUAGAGUUGAGGGUUAGUUAUGGAUUCUAAUAACAACACAAUAGCCAAUGCCUUCUUAUUGUUUAUGCUGUUUUAUCGCCAUUGGGCGAUGAGCGAUAUAGGACUUAAACAUUGUAGUAUGUUGUUGCAUUUUAACGUAGAUUUAUGAUAUAAAAGUUUCAAAAAUAGCAAAAUGAAACCCCUUCUAAAAAUAUCAUUUAAUGUUCAAGAUCCAUGCAUAGAAUAUUCCAAUUUACACUGCAUAUUAAAUCAAGGCGCAGAAAUAUUGUUAUCGUGCUAGUAAUUGGGCUAGUGUGUGGAUUAGCUUUUUUAACCAAUCUGGGCCUAGUAUUGCAGUGAGAUCUGCUUAUUAAAUCAAAGCGCAAAAAUAUUGUUAUCGUGUGAGUAAGUGAACUAGUGUGUGGGUUAGCUUUUUUAACCAAUCUGGGCCUAGUAGUGGAGUGAGAUAUUUGCAAUUAAUGCAGUAAUGUUUUGCUUAUUUUCUCCAGUCCAGACAAAUGUUACCAAUACUUGGUCAUCUACUACGUUUAACACCUAAAGAACUAGAUCUCAUUACAGAUACUUUCGAGUGGAAAUUACCGGUUGAUUAA